CGGCGAUUGAAGGGAUUGCAGACGGCCAUUUUAGAGCUACCGUCAACACCGCGUAUUCAUCCAUUGCUCGUUUUUUCUUUUUUUCCUGUAAACCAAGCCCUCCACCCGACUGACAAGAAAAGUACAACGAGAAACAGAAGAAGAAGGGCGUGUGUGUGUUCAUUUUUUUCGCGGCUGAACUCGAAAUCGGGAUGCGCUUCCGAAGGAAUAAACUCUUGGCAUCCGUCGUCCUACUGGUCCUGGUGCUGGUGUGCGCGCUGGAUGCGGCUAAAGUCAAUAAGCACAAGCCGUGGAUCGAGACCACUUACCACGGCAUUGUGACAGAGAACGAUGACAAAGUGCUACUGGACCCCCCUUUAAUCGCACUGGACAAGGACGCGCCGCUACGCUACGCAGAGAGUUUUGAGGUGACCCUCACCGAAGAAGGUGAGAUUUGCGGCUUCAGGAUCCACGGGCAGAAUAUCCCCUUCGAAGCCGUGGUCCUGGACAAGUCCAGUGGCGAGGGGGUCAUCCGGGCAAAGGACAAGUUAGACUGCGAACUGCAGAAGGAACACACCUUCACCAUCCAAGCGUAUGACUGCGGAGAGGGACCUGACGGUGCCAAUAUGAAGAAAUCGCACAAGGCCACCGUCCACAUCCAGGUGAACGACCUCAACGAGUACUCGCCGGUCUUCAAAGAGAAGUCCUACAAAGCCACCGUCAUUGAGGGAAAGAAAUACGACAGCAUCUUGAAAGUGGAGGCGGUGGAUGCGGACUGCUCUUUCCAGUUCAGUCAAAUCUGCAACUAUGAAAUUGUCACGCCAGAUGUGCCCUUCACCAUUGACAAAGAGGGCCUCAUCAAGAACACAGAGAAACUCAACUAUGACCGAGAGCACAUGUAUAAGCUGACUGUGACCGCUUACGACUGCGGAAAGAACCGCGCCUCGGAAGACGUCCUGGUCAAGAUCGGCGUCAAGCCAACUUGCAAACCCAGCUGGCAAGGCUUCAAUAAGAGGAUUGAAUAUGAGCCCGGCACGGGCAGCCUGGCUCUUUUCCCCAGCAUGCACCUGGAGACCUGUGACGAGCCAAUUACGUCCAUCAGAGCCACAAUUGAACUCGAAACCAACCAUAUUGGAAAGGGAUGUGACCGCGACACCUACUCUGAGAAGUCUCUGCACAAGUUGUGCGGAGCCAGCUCCGGUGCAGUUGAGCUGCUGCCAGCACCCGGCAGCUCCACCAACUGGACGAUAGGACUACCCACCGAUAAUGGGCACGACAGCGACCAGGUGUUUGAGUUCAACGGCACCCAGGCCAUCAAGGUUCCGGACGGCUUGGUGAGCACCAGCCUGAAGGAGCCCUUCACUAUAUCGGUGUGGAUGAGACAUGGCCCCGGGGCCCACGAAAAGGAGACCAUCCUCUGCAAUUCUGACAAGACAGACUUGAACAGGCACCACUAUUCCCUCUACGUGCACAACUGCAGGCUGAUCCUUCUCCUCCGUCAAGAUCCCUCGGAGGCGGAGAACUACAAACCAGCCGAGUUCCACUGGAAACUCGACCAGGUGUGUGACAAAGAGUGGCAUCACUAUGUGCUGAACGUGGAGUUCCCCACGGUGACGCUCUUUGUGGACGGGACAACCUUUGAACCCUUCCUGGUCACGGAGGACUACCCACUGCAUGCUUCCAGGAUUGAGACUCAGCUCACCGUUGGUGCUUGCUGGCAAGAACACUCGGGACAUGACAAUGACACUGAGACACUCUCUGAGUCUUCCUCAGGCGGAAACGCACUCAUGGCCCAGUUUUUUCACGGAAACCUUGCGGGGCUGAUGAUUCGCUCAGGCAAGUUGGAGAACAAGAAGGUUAUUGACUGUUUGUACACCUGCAAGGAGGGCCUGGAUGUACAGCUGCCCGAGGAGGUGGCUUCCACGGUUAAGGUGGAGUUUAACCCCAACCAGUCCUCCCUGACUGUCGAGGGGGACGACAUUGACGCUUUUGACAAGGUCAUGCAGCACAUCUCUUACUUGAACUCCCGCCAGUUCCCGACGCCCGGCAUCAGACACCUUCGCAUCUCCACCGCCGUCAAGUGCUUUAACGAGGAUUCCUGCGUGACCAUGCCGGACGCUGAAGGUUACGUGAUGGUGCUGCAGCCCGAGGAGCCCAAGAUCAGCCUGAGCGGCAUUGACCACUUUGCCCGCAGUGCUGCCGAAUUUGAGAGCCAAGAAGGCGUGACGCUGUUCCCCGAGCUGCGCAUUGUUAGUACCAUCACCCGCGAGGUGGAGGCUGACGCGGAGUCCGAAGCCACCGAGGGAGCGGACGAUGACCCCACGGUCCAAGAGACAGUGGUCUCUGAGGAGAUCAUGCACAACCUGGACACAUGCGAAGUGACCGUGGUAGGAGAUGAACUGGAUGGAGAGCACGAAGGCCUGGAAGUAGACACGGAGCAGCUGCAGCAACGUGGCCUUGAGACGAGCUCCUCCCACUUUGGCCUCAUUAUCACCGGCGUGAACACCAUGGCCAACUACGAGCAAGUCCUGCAUCUCAUCCGUUAUAAGAACUGGCACACGGAGGCGCUCUUCGAUAGGAAAUUCAAACUGGUGUGCUCUGAGCUGAACGGUCGCUACAUCAGCAACGACUUCAAGGUCGAGGUGAACGUCAUUCACACAGCCAGCGCCAUGGAACCUUUCCACAGUGCCAUGGUGCAGCCCAACUUCAUCAGCCCCAUGCAUCAGGCGUCCGUGGACCUGUCUGGCCACAACCUUGUCAACGCUCACCAGUCGUCAGUGGUUCCCAGCGCAGCCACCAUCGUCAUUGUCGUCUGCGUCAGUUUCCUGGUGUUCAUGAUCAUCCUGGGCGUGUUCCGGAUCCGGGCCGCACACCAGAGCACCAUGAGGGACCAGGAGAACGGCAAGGAGAACGAAAUGGACUGGGACGACUCGGCCCUCACUAUCACCGUCAACCCCAUGGAGACGUACGAAGACCAGCACAGCAGUGAGGAGGAGGAGGAGGAAGAGGAAGAGGAGAGUGAGGACGGCGAGGAAGAUGACAUCACGAGCGCCGAGUCGGAGAGCAGUGAGGAUGACGAGGGCGGCGAACAGGAGGACCAGCAGGGGGCCAGCAGACAGCAGCAGCUGGAAUGGGACGACUCCACCCUCACUUACUAGAACAACACUCAGACACACACACGCACACACUCACACAUCACUAAUUUGCACUCACUCACUCAGAUGUUCAUCCUCACCACAGGAUGACAAAGAGCCGCAAAGUUACAAAAAAAAAAAAUUGAUCCCGGUCAAGGUUUCCCUCUUGUCAUCUUAGUGGCCGUACUCGGUGUUGUGUCGUCAUCAGCGGCUUGUUUUACUUAAUUUAUUCUCUUUGCAUUCACAGGAAAUCUUGGCCAAAAUUUCUUUUCCGGUGUGUGAGGAAGCCAACCGUGCACUUUUUUAGUUUUCUCUCCCACACAAGGCUUCGGAAUCAUUUCUCGAUUUGUUUCUGCUGCUGAAAAUCCCCGCUGGUAGAGCAGUGACUUGAAUUAACGCUUUUCACAACCGUUUGCUUGUUUUUCUUUGCUUUUGAACCUUUUUAGUGCAUGAAGAAGUCUUAUGUGUAGAGAGAUCCACUGCUUUUUAAAGAUGUUUGUAAAUAUUAAGAAACCAUGUAAUUAGUCAACGUGCUUGUGAAGGCCUAAGCCACAGGGUCCAAUAUCUACAGAUGCUUACUAUUUGUGUCACGCGGGUUGUAGCAUGUCGCUGAAAAUGUGUACAAAAGUGUCGGCUUUCAUGACCAACGUUGUAUUGGAUUUUUUUUCUUCUUUUCACCCCCUUUGCGCUGUCCUCUGUGCACAGAGGACACGCGCUUCUUUUUGCUUGAACACGCGUCCCUUUUAUUUCCCGCCUGAUGGGAUGUACAGGGUGCAGAUGGAUGACGGUUGCCGGCAACAGCUCUGAAGACAACCAUCCUCAGUGUCAUUCCCAAAGGAGAAAACCAGCUCCAGGUAAAGCUUCUUGUCACCUGUACGGCAAAUUGUCCGCGGAGCAGCUGUUUUAAUGUGAGCUAAUAUUCAAGCAUUUAUCUCCAAAUAGUAACAAUUGAGUGUUGGACUUAAUAUUGGGCAACUUGACUUCACACUUUCGCUUUGUUUAACGCAAUGUCCUUCUGCUUAUUGUAAAUGAGUGACUCCAUUUUCAUUCUCCUCCCAGACAACGUUGUAUAUAUUGUUCCUCAAAUAUAAAUCUCACUCACAUGAACGAAGAGCAGAUUUGGGCCCCUUUGACUGUACACUGCUUGUUCAAGCUGCCAUUUACUUGUGUAUAAAGAGCACUGGGAGACAGAUGACUGAUGCCAACCCUCCCCAUUUCCCGGAAGGUCCAGGACAUUGCGGCCGUUAUAGUCCUGUCUUUUGCAAUAAUUAUGGAGACAAUUUUACUUGAGAAAUAUCACCAUCAACCAAAAUAUCACCAAAAGCGUAUGCAGUGUUUUGGGAAAUAAUGAUGACUGACUCAGUGGGAAAAUCUGUUCCUGUUUUGCUGAACACAAAGCUAUUCUACAUUGUAUAAAUGACAACAAGCAUUUGGACCAUUUGCCAUUGAGUGCAGGGAUGGGCAACUUAAAUGGUGAUAUUUCAACUUAAAGCUGCAGUCGACCCCUGCGGAUUAGCAGUUUGGCACCCGUGGAGUUGCCCCCCCCUUCCACCCACACACACAGACAUACGCACACACAUACUCAUCCCCCUUGCUUUGCAAUUUUUUAAUAUACUGUAGACUGUAUUAGAUUUUUAUCAGCUCUUUUUGAAGAUAUUUGGGGAUGGGUGUUUAAAAAAGAUCCCAGUUUUUUAAAAAUUAAUCAAGGGGCCAUACAGAUUGUGUGAAGCCUGUAGACCCCCAGUUGUCCAUCCCUGAUCUAGUGGAAGAGCAUUUAAUUGUUCUGCCUGUCGUUAGACAGCGGAGCUAAAAUACACUAUACUUUUUUUUUUUAGAAUAGUUCAGUAAAGGUCAUCACCAUGUUUUCUUUCUCAUUUGGCUCACUGCGAGUGUGCUUUUUAAUUCACAAAGUCAGAAUAUGAGAAAAUUACAACAAAGCAAUAAGGAAUAAAACGUUUUUCAUCUUUUUUAACAGAUGAAAAAAUAAUCAUCAGUCGUGCUGAUUCUCACUUUUGGGAAAUCGGGAGGGAUUUGGUGUGAUUGUCUGUCUUUAGAGUUGUUCGCUGUUUUGAAAGUAUAGUUUCUGUCGAAUGACCGAUUGACCUUUGCGGCAAUAUACUGCUUGUCUGGAAUCUGUGUGAAAGCCACAGAGGGGUAAAUUCGGGAUCGUCUAUUACGGCUCUGGAGUGAGAUCUUUUGAGUGAAAGAGCCUGAAGAGAAGAAUGUCAUUUUGCAUGCAAAUACGCUUUGAAUUGUUUUUGUGCAGUCUCCUUGGCGCCCCCUGCAGGCCGGAUUAUGGGAGUGCCUUUUGCUGGUCACGGUGUAAGGAGCAGAUGUAACAAUUUAGCCCUGCUUAUGAUAUUGGCGUUUUAAGUUGUUGUUCAUUUGUAACUGCAAACUGCUAGGUUUCUUACUGAACUAAAUGAGACUGUCUAAAAAAAAAAAGUCAGAGCGUGGCUAGUUUUACACACCGUUAAUGUGUCCAUGUUGUUGUGUAGCUGACGUAGAGCCAUUGUGUUUCUUCGAUAGAUAUUGUACUAAAUCCACUUUUAACCAGAUGUACAGUACGUAAUGACAAAGCUUUGGCAGCAUACAUUAGUAACCCGUGUGUGCGCGCGCGCGUGUACGGGUAUUGUGACUCUUUUUAAGGUUGGGGACGGGGGGAAAAUCUAUAUAUCCUAAUGGUCAGUGUCAGUACCCGCGUGCACACACAAACAAACCACAUUUGUGAUUAGCCACACUGAGCGACACAUCACUUUCCCCCGAUUGAAUGUCUCAGCCAUCCAAUGAAAAGGAAACAAUAAUAACGUCGCAUGAACCACGAGUUGGUGAACAUUUCAUAUUUGUGUGAGACUGGAGUUCGGAGACGUCAACCUAUUUUUGCUCUUUCACACAUCCACAAUUCCGAUACCCCAGCCUUUUCUUUCGGUUUAUUUUCUUUGACAUUUGCCCAAAAUGUGGAGUUUGAAUUGCGAGUUGGUGGUGGAAGGUUCCUUUGUGCUUGUCGGGGCUACUGUCACUUUUCUACUGCCCAUAGACGGGCAAAAGUGUAGUCAAGUUGAUGCUUGCUCGUGAACAAAAUAAAGGAGAAUGAGAUGGAA